GUACUCUUUCCGAGAGGGACUUAGCUGUCAAGUGCACAACAAUUCACAUUUCCUGUCGAUUGGAAUUUUAUGGAAUGUCUCAAGCGUAGCUGGCGAUCUGUAUUUCAAAUAUUGGCGAUCUGACACUUUGCUAGAUAUUCGAAUGGAAAUAUAAGGCUAGCUGAACGUUUUGGGACCAACGGUUGUUUUUCUGUGCAUGGACGGAAAGCCAAUGCGCAGGGGUACCAGCGCACGCCCAGACAACACCGGAAUGGACAUCACGGCACGCUGCACACUGGGCGACCCCAACAAGCUCCCGGAAGGCGUUCCCCAGCCGGCGCGCAUGCCCUACGUGUCCGACAAACAUCCCCGUCAGACACUGGAGGUUAUAAAUCUGUUGCGUAAGCACCGGGAGCUGUGCGACGUCGUGCUCGUGGUCGGUGCCAAAAAGAUCUAUGCCCACCGCGUGAUCCUCUCGGCCUGCAGCCCUUACUUCAGAGCCAUGUUCACCGGCGAGCUGGCGGAGAGCCGGCAGACGGAGGUGGUGAUCCGGGACAUUGACGAGCGGGCCAUGGAGCUGCUCAUUGACUUUGCGUACACCUCGCAGGUUACGGUGGAGGAGGGCAACGUUCAGACGCUGCUGCCCGCCGCCUGCCUCUUACAGCUGGCCGAGAUCCAGGAGGCCUGCUGUGAGUUCCUCAAGCGCCAGCUAGACCCGUCCAAUUGCCUGGGAAUCCGCGCCUUUGCCGAUACCCACUCCUGCCGAGAGCUACUGCGGAUAGCAGACAAGUUUACACAGCACAACUUUCAAGAGGUGAUGGAGAGCGAGGAGUUCAUGCUGCUUCCAGCCAAUCAACUGAUAGACAUAAUCUCCAGCGACGAACUCAACGUGAGAAGUGAAGAGCAGGUUUUCAACGCAGUCAUGGCCUGGGUCAAGUACAGCAUUCAGGAGCGCCGGCCACAGCUGCCCCAGGUUCUCCAGCACGUCCGUCUUCCUCUUCUCAGCCCAAAAUUCCUGGUGGGAACGGUGGGAUCCGACCCUCUCAUAAAAAGUGACGAAGAGUGCCGAGACCUUGUCGAUGAGGCAAAAAACUACCUCCUCUUGCCUCAAGAGCGCCCCCUGAUGCAAGGGCCCAGAACACGGCCCCGGAAGCCCAUCCGAUGUGGAGAGGUGCUGUUUGCAGUCGGAGGAUGGUGCAGCGGGGAUGCCAUCUCCAGCGUGGAGCGAUACGACCCGCAGACCAACGAGUGGCGCAUGGUCGCCUCCAUGAGCAAGAGGCGCUGCGGAGUAGGCGUCAGCGUUCUGGACGACCUCCUCUACGCCGUCGGCGGCCACGACGGGUCCUCAUAUCUCAACAGCGUGGAGAGGUACGACCCCAAGACGAACCAGUGGAGCAGCGACGUGGCUCCCACUAGCACGUGCAGGACCAGCGUGGGGGUGGCGGUCCUGGGUGGGUAUCUGUACGCAGUGGGGGGCCAAGAUGGAGUGUCCUGUCUCAACAUCGUCGAAAGAUAUGACCCAAAGGAGAACAAAUGGACACGUGUAGCCUCGAUGAGCACCAGGCGACUGGGUGUAGCCGUGGCAGUACUGGGGGGCUUCCUCUAUGCAGUGGGAGGCUCUGACGGUACAUCCCCUCUCAAUACAGUGGAGAGAUACAAUCCUCAGGAGAACCGCUGGCACACGGUCUCCCCCAUGGGGACCAGGAGGAAACACCUCGGCUGUGCGGUGUACCAGGACAUGAUCUACUCUGUAGGCGGCCGCGACGACACCACCGAGUUAAGCAGCGCUGAGCGCUACAACCCCCGCACCAACCAGUGGUCACCUGUCGUAGCUAUGACUUCAAGGCGUAGCGGGGUUGGACUGGCUGUGGUAAAUGGUCAGUUAAUGGCUGUUGGAGGCUUUGACGGGACAACGUAUCUUAAAACAAUAGAGGUCUAUGACCCUGACGCUAACACGUGGAGACUCUACGGGGGAAUGAACUACAGGCGACUUGGAGGAGGGGUUGGCGUUAUCAAAAUGACCCACUGUGAAUCCCACAUAUGGUAACCCCAUCCAGGUCAAAGGGCUUCCCUCGUUCGUGCCUCAAAAAGAAAGUUUCUCAUGCAAGGAAGAAUGACUGUGUUAUCUGUACAGCCAUUUUAUUGGCAAGCCAAGGAAAUGUAGUGACCGGCUACACAAGCUGUACUGUUCCUGUGUGUCAGGUCUGGACGGCCUCUCGUCUAACAGCCUACGGUUUAUCUAUAUCCUCUGUACUUCCUGUAUUACGACUCGCCCCAAGAACAAGCGACUCUGAAAACGUCAAUCACAUGACCUAUUUAUUUACGGCACCACAGAGGCAAACGCUUCGAGUUCCCCUUUUCUGUUACUGAAAUGGAAUUCUGCAGCUGCACUUUAGGAUUCAAUCCUGACUUUGGCUGUUGGACUGGCUAUGCUAUACCAACGUUUCAGUUUCCAUUGACCUGUUGAAUGGGGCCUGAAGGAUCUUUUAAAGAGGACUGACACACAACUGAAGAUGCAGGAUGUGGGUCCCCUGUUUUUCUUUGGUCAUAGUUGUGAAUAGUUGAAGUUGUUAAGCAGGUGCGUGGAUCUCCAUGAAAUUGAAUGCACUGUGAUUAUUUUCAGUAUCUUUCCCCCCCAGAGAUGUUGGUACUGUGGUGCUAACACAUUAUAUAGCAAAUGUUUCAUACUGGAUUGUUGUUACCCAUUUAAGGCUUUCUAACCGUGUAUAUGAUUUUAAUUAUUUGACACAUCAAUGCUUUUUACAUUGAACACAUUACUGAGGCAGUCUUGCACUUUAAAUCUAUUAGUUUAUUUGAGAAAUGAGUUCCAUUGCAGUUCAUCUAAGACACAGGAAAGAAUAAAACGGUUGAUGAACUAUGCAUUUAAACCUCUGCAUUGGUGAGCAUGAAAAAUGCACGUGUAGUCAGUGAUAUGCUUAAUUGAAAAAAGACCAGGCUUUUUUCUUAAUGGCUUCUGUAAAUCCUGAUGAAUCUCAUGUAACUAUUCAUCACUGCGAUGGAGAAAAAAAAAAAUGCAGCCAUGCAUUCUAGUGAAAUAUGACUGAUGAAUAUGUAGAUCAAUGUGUUAAGAUUCUGCUGGAGUUCACAGGCAGAUAUUAGCCCAUACACAUCAUUCAGCAGUAGGUAAAAUCCUGAAUGCCUCAGUUUGUGAGGACAUACUUAUAGAAGGUAAGAUGAGGGAUGUUUUACUACUUCUGUUCAGACUUCUCUGUAUGAGCUAUAAGCCUUCAGAAAACAUGGCAUUUUAGCUGUUGAUGUCAGUGUACCAACAAUAGCCCAUGCUGUUAAUAAAGAUGUUUAUUUCAAACUUAA